AUGUUGCGAUUGUUCGUUGCAGCGUUGGCACUAAUUGCAGGCAGGGUUGCUGCCUCAAAGAAUCAUACAAAAGUGGGUCUUCUUUUCGGCGGUAACACUGGCCGUCCGUUCUCGGACAUGGAUUUUGUUUUGCGUGGACAAACCGUUACUAGCAUUAAAAUCCGCUAUGGUGAGCGCGUCGACGGCGUCGGCUUGGGAAUUACACAAUCAUCAGGGAAGUAUGAAGAAAUGUACCACGGUGGGAAUACCGGGAAUGAACAUGUUUGGUCCCUUUCUCAACAUGAGAUUAUCACUGCCAUUGAAUGCCAUUGGCGCGUGAAGGACGGUGAAAUACGCAUCUUCUACAUUGAGUUUAUGACCAGUGAUAGAUUAAUCUCUGGUGGCAUCCCCACCAGAAAUAUCGGUAGCGAAACCGCACCUUCCGGACAUCGGCUGGGUGGCCUUUAUGGCACAUCAGGAGCUGGACUUAACUCUGUAGGUGCCAUUUGGACACGACUUGAGUGA